CUCGUAGUUCCCUUAGAUUAAGGGUAGGUUAAAGGUGCUUUUCUUACCGCUUUUUAUGCCUUUCCUAAGGGGGAAAGGCAUAACAAGCGGGGUAAGCGAGCACCAAAAGCCUACCUCUAAUUAGACGCGGGCUAUUGUCUUCCGCAGACCACUACGUCAGGAGACGAGAAGUCAGAGAUGGAGAAGAACAUGAAGCCGCAUCGCGAUCGGAGUCCGCGGAUAUGUUGAAUUCUUCGAUCGAGUACCUCAGUAGUAGAGGACCGAUUCAGUCUCAGAGAACUGAGGAACAAGAAGGUGGGAUGAUGACGCACGAAGGAACGGUAGAAGUAGAACCAGUACCAGCGUCGCUGGAGGUGGACGAGGACAUCAAUGCAGUUGAAGAUGACGAUAGUACUACAAGCAGCACUGGUGAAUCAUCUUCAUCAGAAUCCUCGAAUAUUGAGAGUAUCGUCAGAGAAGAAACUGGACUUCUGCGGGUUCAUAUCCAAGCACUAAAAGCAGCCCAAGCUAAAUCGGAUAGACUCCGAGAAUGGGUCAUAUCGUAAUAUAAAACACCGUAAAGUAGAUAGAUGCACUAGAUGAACUUGAACUUGUUGAACUAUUUGUAUGCAUCAAUAGUACUUGUUCUUGUUUCUUUUACUACUUACACCAAUCAAGUAGGACAAGAACAUCGACACGGGGAAAAUUACUCUCUCAACCUACAUAAAAAUUGUGCGACGUCUUCCAAACCCUUUGUGGUUCUUUCGCGCUAUUCCUUAUCUACGGAGUGGCUUACGCUUACCCAAGUAUUGCAGUCAGAAGAAAACUGAAGACAAAAACGGUUAGUAAGUAUCUAAUGCUUUUUUGUAGAACGACGAUUUUUACAACGGAGGAAAUUUGAAUCAUAUCGAUGAAAGUUUCUGGCAUAGGCAUGCCUUUUUUUAUACUAAAUUAUAUAGUUGUUCUGGAACAGCAUUUGUUCUUGUUGUAGAAGGACAUAAAAAGAGCGUCGUGAGUGUGUAAAAAAUGAAAAUUAUGAUGGCUUGUAUUUCAUAACGACGUCGAAGCAAGAAGCUCCCAAUUUCAGCUGCGUGAUGCAAUUACGACUGCAAAACAAAUCGGAAGACUAAGCGCGACUUACAACAACCUCAAAUAGAAAUGCGAUGUACUUCC